CACAACUAGCCGCUGUGGCACGUGGGUGAACAUGGCGGCCUCCAGUGCAAACAUGGCUGAAAACUCCAGUAGUAGCGAUGAUGAACUGCUCAAACGUUGUCAAGAGGCUGUGUGGGACAGUCCCGCCAUUGGAGAUAAAGACGCAAGUAGCAACAAGAAAUCUUCAAAACGUUUAGUUGUUGCAGACCAUGAUCAUGAUGGUAAUGAGCUCCAAGUCACUCAGAGCUUCCAGAUGCAUGUGGCGAAAAAGUUAGGUGCAAUGCUUGAUAGUUUCAUAUCAGAGAAGCAGUCUUCAGCCCGACCCAAUGUAAAUACAGAAACAACUGACAAUAAGGAUGAUGAGGAUGAAGGUUUUCGUCUGUUCACCACUUCAGUCCCAGGACAAAAAGAUGAAGAACCUUCUCCUCCAAAACGUCGCCACAUUCCCAGCUCAAGUGACAGUGACAGCGAGAUGGAAACACGAUUAAAGGAGGCCGCCAUCUCCAUUAAAGACCUCAUACCACCAUCAACAUCACAUUUCCCCACUGAUUCAGAGACACCAGGGACUCCCAGCUUGGAAAGAAAAGAAAACAUGAAAAGGAAAAAGAAAAAGAGGAAAAUAAAUCCAGAAGACAAUGAUCAAGAGGACUCAAAAUCUACUUCUGACAAUCCAAGUGAACAUACAACCCAACAUGAGGUACAAACUACAAUAAAACAGAAGAAGAAGAAAAAGAAGAAAAAGAACAAAGAUUCAUUAGGAAAUUCAGAGGGACAGUUGUUGGAAUAACUUUGACACACAUCUCAUGCAUAGUUCCAUGUUUAAAAUAAUUAUUGUCACAGUUAUGUUUUUGAAAAUAGACUUUAAUCGUUUUUCUAGGAUACACCUUUCAUUGUGUAAAAAAGUAACAUACCAUUCACACGUUACAAGUUAAUUUCAAAUAAAAACAAAUCUAAAUUUCAUUAUGUUUUGAUAAUUGUUCGUUUUACUUUAAUAGACUCAAAUCUAUAGAUUGAAUUCAUUUUAGCACCAUCUUGUCACAAAGUCCAAAUAGAAGAAGUGUAUUUAAUUGUGUCAUGAAUUAUGAUCAUGUUAUGCACAAAACUCAUUCUCUGGUGGAACGAUAUGUGGAUUUUUGACUUGCAUAGUUGCACUUUUAAGGAAAAAAUUACUCUGUAAAAUUAUUCAUACUAGGCAUACUUGGUGAGCAUGCAGUGACAACAGUUUUUUUCUCUAACAGCUGCCAAACUUGUGACUUCUUGGUAAUAUAGCCUACUGUAUUUACUGGAACCUUUUCUAUGUACAUGUUCUUGCAUAAUCAAUUAUAUUUCCAAUAUCC